AUUAGGACAGCAGCACAGUUUUCUGUCCCAACUGCCCGGCUGGCUGGCUGGCUGCGUGUGCGUCUACAGCCCCCCUCUCCCCCGGCUCUCACAUGCACACAGCACACACGCACUCCCUCGCAUCUAUACACACUCGCAGAGCCGAUCAGUGCAGCCGGCGCAGAGCCUGGUAAUUGUAUUGCUCCCUCCAAGUGGAAGGAAGGACUGAGAGAGAGAGAGUGAGAGUGAGAGAAAGUGGAAGAUCAGAGAAAGAAGAGGAGAAAGGGGAAACAUAUCAAAACUUUGAUAUUUUUUUUUUCAAACCUUUUUGCUGUUCUUCAGAGGAGGUUGAUGUGACGAUGACCCGGUAUCGCUGAUGGAGUCGGUAGGACACCCCUUAUCCGAGUGUUUUUUAAUGCACUCUGAACAAGAGUAGAAUGAACUUAUCGAAGGGGCCUUUGGUGAACAGCAGCAGCGAAGAAAACUCCAAGUCAACAUAUGUUAAAUGCGGCGCUGGCGCCUGGAGGAUGCACCAGAGCUACGAUUCACUAGAAGCCAACCACAUGAGAGACGCACAUGCCCUCUACAACCCCAGGCUUCUCUGCAGAAUGUCCAGUAAGGAGCGCCACCUAGAGUCGAAUUGUCCGUCCUCUUACAUAAAGACUGAACCAUCGAGUCCUGCCUCUCUGACUGACAGUCUAAACCAUCACUCCCCUGGUGGCUCCAGUGACGCCUCUGGCUCAUACUCGUCCACUAUGAACGGCCACCCCAAUGGCUUGGACUCCCCAAGCCUUUACGGUUCCAACGCAGGACCCCUGGGACCUGCUGGAGGCCCCGGAUCAAAACGUUACGAGGACUGUUCAUCAACUAUUGGGGAAGAUUCACAAAUUAAGUGCGAGUACAUGUUAAAUUCCAUGCCGAAGAGGUUGUGUCUGGUGUGUGGGGACAUCGCGUCAGGGUACCACUAUGGAGUCGCAUCGUGUGAGGCCUGCAAGGCUUUUUUCAAGCGCACCAUCCAAGGCAACAUUGAGUACAGCUGUCCCGCCACCAACGAGUGUGAGAUCACCAAGAGGAGACGCAAGUCGUGCCAGGCCUGCCGAUUUAUGAAGUGUCUGACUGUGGGCAUGCUGAGGGAGGGUAAGGGAAAAGGUGUUCGUCUGGACAGGGUUCGUGGUGGAAGACAGAAAUACAAACGCAGGAUAGAUGCAGACAACAGCCCGUACCUGAACCCACAGCUGGCUUUGCCCCCAAAAAAGCCAUUUGCCUUUGGCUGCCUUGCAGAUAACAAAAUCGUCUCUCACCUGCUGGUGGCUGAGCCAGAAAAGAUUUACGCCAUGCCUGACCCAACAGUACCAGACAGCGACAUCAAGGCCCUCACCACACUGUGUGAUCUGGCGGACAGAGAGCUGGUGGUCAACAUUGGUUGGGCCAAACACAUCCCAGGUUUCUCCACACUAUCUUUGGCAGACCAGAUGAGUCUACUGCAGAGUGCAUGGAUGGAGAUCCUGAUUUUGCGCGUUGUGUAUCGCUCACUCUCCUUUGAAGACAAACUGGUGUAUGCUGAGGACUACAUAAUGGAUGAGGACCAGUCCAAACUAGCUGGCCUUCUGGAGCUGAACAACGCUAUUCUUCAGCUGGUCAAGAAAUAUAAGUCUAUGAAGCUAGAGAAGGAAGAAUUUGUCACUCUCAAAGCCAUUGCUCUGGCUAACUCAGACUCCAUGCAUAUUGAGGAUGUAGAUGCAGUACAGAAGCUCCAAGAUGUGCUCCACGAGGCACUGCAGGACUAUGAGGCUUCCCAGCACCAGGAGGAUCCUCGCCGGGCUGGCAAGCUGCUUAUGACUCUCCCCUUACUCCGUCAGACCUCCACCAAGGCUGUGCAGCAUUUCUACAGCAUCAAGCAGGAUGGGAAGGUCCCAAUGCACAAACUCUUCUUGGAGCUGCUGGAAGCCAAGGUCUGAGGGCUGGGACUGGAUCGAAUGACAGAUAAACGCCAGUCUGAACGACUUAAGCUUCAUGUCAUGUCAAACUUUGAUUAACAACUUUAAAUGACCUCUUGUUCUUUUACAUGCAGACACUCCUAUACUUGCAUACACAGACGCAGAUAUGUUCUUAAGGGUCAUUGGCUGACCUAUCCCCUACAGAAUUGAUCAAAUCCUUAUACCUGAACCCUAAAGCACUAGUUGUUAAAUAAAGAGCUUUCGCUGGAAUCGGUUUUGAUGAAGACAGGGACAGGAGUACUCAACCCUUACCCAUGACCAAUGACAGAAGACUUGUCAGAACAGGUAUUUAAUGACAGCUAUUUGACAAUUACAACAGAAAUCCAGAUUUUGACAGAACACUUAUGUAUCUAGUUACAUUUAAAAUGUUAAUGAACGACAAUUGAGGACACAUUGCAAACAAUAAAACUCUCCAUAUUAGUUCUGAAAGACUCUAAGACUGUACCAACACUUUCUUUCCCCACUCCUAUUUGAUUUUAAAUUUUUUUUGUUUAAUUCAAGACGAACUGAGUGGGGAAAAAAAUCAACAUUUAGAAAAUAUCAUUAACAUUUGUUUUGAGUGUACAUGUACAGAGAAGUUUGGAUGGAUUAACUGGAAGAAAAGAAGAGGAGAUUUGCCCUGCCAAAGAAUGGAAACACCCAUUCAGAGGAUGCCAGCAAACCUCACAGUCAAAACCUCAAUCAGUUUCAGUUUUAGCUGGUUUCCAGCCCUGGACCUAAGAAGGAAUGGUUGUUCUCUGAUCUGUCAGUAAAUCUUACAGUCGUUGCUGGGUUAGAGCACCUAGGACCAGGAAAGGAAGUACCAACGUAACCAUUUUCCGGUUCCCUGGUUUCCCAUGACUCCCCUUUUUCAGUAACACCCGCAUAGUUGCUUCUGUUUCCUGAAGACGAUUGAUUCUGGUCAACCAAAAAUUGUCUGCUGUGUUUGUACUGUUGAUUAAGCUAAACAUUAUUUAAAAAAGAGCAGCUAGACAACACUUGUGUGUGCUGGUCUGUAAGACUGCGUUUCAGCCUAAACACUUGAGUUGUGUUGGUAUUCAAUAACAAUCAGAUUGGCAAAAAAAAGUCUGUCUUCCUAAAAAUCACCCUUUUUUAAAUAGUUCACACUGAUUUUGGAGUUAUAUACGCUGUCAUUCACUCCUCUUGUGUUUGGAUACGUGUUUAAAACAUUUUUACCUGUUUAACAGCCAGGGUUGCAGCUCUGCCCACAUACAAUAUUAGUUGCAGUUUCACGCUCUCAGUGUGCCAUUUGAAAUGAUCUGACACAACAUCGUCUUCCUCACUCCGAAGUCUCACCUCAGUACUACGCUCGUCACCCCAAAGUGUUCACAACUUCCAGCUCAUUUCUUGCGGCGGUGCAGAGAAUUUUGUUGUGACUCACUCAGGAAAUGUAGCAGGAGAUUCAGUCACUGGACAAGCUACAAAUCAGAAGGAAAGGUUUGCUGACUAAACUAACUUAAGAACAGCUAUUGUUGAUUUAAAAUUCCUUGUUUUUUUCUUUAUUUUCACUUAAGAAAAGAAUCAUAAUAAGAAUGCCAAUUUAAGUGUUGUAAAUAUUGUCAUCCUGUAUAUGACAUAUAACCCAGCUUUGGUUUAGAUUUUAAAAUUGUCUUCUUAAAAGUGAAUAAGUCGAUGUCUUUUCUUUUUUUCCUCCAUCAGCCUAACCACUUUCAACAUUAUCACACAUAUGUAGCAAAUAUCACAAGUAACCUAUUAACAAAUCAGUUUCCCUUAGAAACUCUGAGCAAUAGUGGUGUUCAAUGGAGGGAUUUAGGAAUUUGGACAGAGCCUGCAAUAUUAAGAUUUGUGCCAGUCAUAAAUUUGGAAAAAAGAUGUAUUCAAAGAUAAAAAUGCUGCUUUCUCUUUUUCUCUGUAUAACUUGUUAUAAGCUGUGGGAAGAAACUCAACACUGAAUUUGAUAAAGACUGUUAGUCACAGGCAAUGUGUAGCAGGAACUCCUGGACAAGGAGCUACUUUUCGUUUCAGGAUCAUUGAUUUUAAAGUCACAGCAUGCACUGUUCUUGUCAUGUUUGUGGAUGAAGUCAAUCAGAAUCAGCCAAGGCAGGUUGUUCGUAACCAAGAAAUACAUCCGGCUUACCCGAUUUGAACCCAUUUCUUUGGAGUCAGCUGAGAAACCUCAUUAUAUCAAAGCUUGUUUGGAAACAUAAUGGUGCAAAAACAAACCAUCACUUUGGUAUAACGGCAUAAUCAUGUACCCUAUCUUUAUGAUUACGUCGUUGGGGGGGGGGGGGUAUUGGCUUAAAGGGCUCUUGUGUGUUUUAAACCUUUAAGUUUAUCAUAUUAGAUGCUGCUAAAUAUCCUGCUCUGGUAGUCAUUUCAAUCUAAAUUGAAGCAUAGUUCAAUCAAUGUUGAAUAUGUUAAACUAUAGAAUUUCAAUGGGAACAUUACAUGAAACAAUGUUUUCUGAGGUUAACAAUAUGGUGAAAUGCAAUGGCAUUUUGGCGCUGGAAAGUAGCUUUCCUUAGCUUUAACUUUGAAUUGGAAACUAUAGUUUCUUUCUUGUAAUUGGCCAGUUAAAUAAAGAAAAAAAUCUAAAUCAUAAUACAUCAGAAAGGGUACAGAUGAAUGAAAAUAUGCCUACAGACAAAAGGGGAUCGAAGAGUUUAUCAAAUGCAUUUUUACUAAUAUUCAUUAACGUGCCUCCUGUCUGGCUAACUACCUAAUUAGCUUGUGACACGUCCUUUAAAUCUCCCUCUUUAGCUUGUGUAUACUGGACUGUUAAGGCCUUGCAGAAUAGUAGUUUAAGAUGUGAGUUUUAUCUAACUAAGCUACACUGUAGCUUUAAAUGGCUGAAAACAAAUUUAAAAAAUGUAUGACGGUAAUCCUGACAGUAUUUUGUUUACCGUAAAGAACAUGUCUUGUUUGAAUUCACACAGUUUCUCUAGAAGAAAGAAUUGGAAAGGCUAGGGUGAAAGACAGUUGGGAUUUAUUAUAAACCGAGAUGAAAAAAUAAAAAAAGUCUGUUAUAUCACAGUUGUACCAAGAUGCAUACGGUGUGGCUAACUGAUCACAGCUUUAACAGGUAGACAGUUGACAUUUACUUCAUUUUUUUUAUUUUAUUUUUUAACUAUAUGUAAUUCUUAAAGCCAAAUAAGAAUGCCAAAAUAUGUAUUGUAGAUGACACUGUAAUCUAAUGUAAAACAGCAACAUUUCAGAGCUGAGGAGCAGUUUAAGCGUAGUUGACCUCUAACAACACAUGUCCUGUAUCAACCAUCAGUAUUUUUAGUAAGGGGGCUUUCCUCUACCUUCUUUAACCCUGCUGUAUAUUGUAAAUUAUGCAGAUUAUAAUUCUUGCAUUAUACAUUUUAUAGUAAAGAAAAAUUCAGAAAAAAAUAUUUAAAAAAAAAACGUAGUUCAGCUUGUGUGUUUCAUGUUUGCUGUUUUUUCUGUCAAGAAAAAAAAGCUCUCUCUAUGAUUUAAUCAGUUUUCGUUGGUAAGACGUCUCUAAUUUCAUUCUUUCCUCCUGCGUUGAGUCUUCUUAAGACGGUGCUGUGUACUUUAUCUUGUGGUGAUUUGUGCCGUGUGCUUCUUCUUUAGACAACAGAGUAGAGUAGGGGCCAUGUUGUUUGUCUUUCUGUCAAUCAGUCCUUUGGGGUCUGGGCACUGGAGUUGCUCAUAAUGAACCAAACAUGACAUAAUGCUCUUUAACUAGGCUAACAGGAUCAAAUUACAGCAUUCAUCUCUGCCAAACUAUACAUAAUUAAAUAUCAAGUAUCUAAAUGAAGAAAUACCUUAACAAAUAUUUAAAAAACUGAUAAUUUGUGUAACAUUCCUGUAGAAUAAAAUAUACUGUAUAUCUUAGGAAAAUAAAGUUGAAAUGAAAUGACAUUUGAGUAAUUCAUAGGUGACACUUUUUUGAUAAACUCACUGUACAUAUCUACCCUCUGUAAAGCUCAGCUCAGUCAUUAUUUUUGCUGUUUCAAAAGAAGAAAAUAACAACAACAAAAAAAUCAGGAUGUUUUAUGUUUUGUUUGUUUUUUUCCUGAUGAAGAAACAUCCAUGACAUUGUGGAAACAUGGUACAGUCCAGUAAAAUUAAGCAGACAAAUCCAAAAAUACAUAAUUAAAACCACACCAUCACCCACAUUAUCAUAUGUUGUUUUAAGAGAGUAAAAUUUGCAAAACACAGACAAAAGAUUUGUAAGCAAAGUUAUAUAAUAAAAGAGUUGACUUUCCUGUUUUGGUUGUAAAUUCUAAUGCGCCUGACCACUGACCGGUUGUCAGGUAAAUUGUGUUAAAUACUGUCCACUGUACAUUAUUCCACACAGAGCUUUUGGAAGAAUGGUGCUCUCUUCUGACUGUUCUUUGUCUUUUGUUACUGUCUUUAUUUAUUUGUCAAUUGUCUAAGCAGCCCUGUGAACUCCUGACCUGUUCAACACACUGAAGGGUGUUUAAACGCUCUCCGAGAUGAUUAACGCUGAACUGAAUCUGUGUGCUUGUCACUGGAAAUGGUUUACACAGGUGACUCUUAUUCUGGCCAAGGCUGUUUGGGAUAACUGAAGAAAACUAUUCUCUGUACGCCGAUGCUUUGUCCAGGUCUUGAUCUAACUUAAAGCCACAAUUUGUGUGGAGGGAAGCAUUUUACCUAUUGCACUUUUUUUCUCAUUAGGAUUAUUCUGAAGACAAUGCAAGAUGAUGAAGCUAAAGUUGCACUUUUUUUUUGUUACGUUGUAGAGCCAAAUGGUAACAUCUCUGUUAUUAGGAUCCUGCAGUUAGGAUUAAUCCGCAUUUAUUACAACCACCAAAACUGGCAUUUCCACAAAGAGCAGUGGAAGAUAGACUAUCUAGGUUUCUGUUGAGCCUCUGAUACCAAGAUAUUGGCCAGUUUGCACUUCAGGCAUCCUAUUGCCCUCAUUCGAUGCUUAGACCUUCAAAUACUUCAUUUUAGAAGACGUUAACUGGAGCAAAGGGAAAAACGGAUUGACCCAUGGUAGCAAACCUGGACUGAUGGCUCCGCCUAAAGUCUACAAAGACCAAAAUUUAGCAAACCUACAGCUCUACAAUAUUUGCAAUUUAGUUGUAUUUAAUCCCAAAAUGUAACUGGCACUUAUGCUGCAGCCUAUUUCCAGUCUGAAUUAGCAAAAGUGAGACUAUUUAAGGGAGCGAGAAACUUUGGGAACUUUGGGGAAAAAAAUGGAUAACAAGACGCUUGAGUGGUGGAGAAGAAUUCCUGACGAGAGAAGACCUUCUAGUAUUACUGAAAACAUGUCCGUAGAUUUUAGAUGUGCUUCACAUCAAUAAAUAGAAGGAAAAAAAAAAAGAAAAACAAUAACCUGUAUAUUUUUGUGAUGUGUAUCAUACAAGUGUGCUCCAACAAUAAUGUCCAUUUGUGUAAAUGUAUUUAUUUCACAUUGUAUAUAUUGUUCAUUGCAAAAAGAGAGACCUAUGAUUCUGUAACUUAAACUAUUAUGGGUUAAAACAUUACAUGUGUUACUCCAAACUAUGCCUUUCAGGAUUAUUACUGUAGAGCAAUAUCAAUUAAAACCAGGCUUCCAGUUUUGAAA